AUGGAUGAGCUCUAUUCUCUCAAGGAAUACUUUUCAAGAUACGGAAUUGUUGAUGAUGCUGUAAUUCUCAAAGAUCCUAUGACUGGUCGCAGUCGCGGAUUUGGAUUUAUAGUAUAUCGUGAUCCGCAAGUAGCUUCGACCGUCCUUCAAAGCCACCAUUAUUUGGAUGGCAAGGCUAUCGACGCAAAGAGAGCUGUACCUCGAAGCGAGCAAGACAGAACUGAGAAGCUGUUUGUCGCUGGCAUUCCACCUGAAGCGACUGAACAGGAUGUUACUUCUGCUUUCUGUGUAUACGGAACGGUCUUAAAUACUACUAUAAUGAGCGAUCGUAAUACUGGCAAACCAAGAGGCUUUGGUUUUGUCACAUUCGAAACCACUCGUGGCAUAGAACAAGCGUUGCAAGCUAUCCCGCCAAUGACCCUCCAUGGCAAAGUUCUCGAAGUGAAGAGAGCAAUGCCAAAGAGUGGACGUGUUCGUGCACCAGAUUAUGCUAUGAGCACACUUUUAGGUGGUGAUGGUGGUGGAAGCAGUAGCUCAACCACCACUAUAAACCAACCACCUACUCAAAUGGAUGCUAGUACAGCUAGAAUAGUGAAGCCGCCUGCUGGACGACCAAGGAUCCGCACCAACGUCCCAAAUCAACAAUUCCGACGAACAUCCAUCACACCACCACCAUCAGAUCAGUACCCAAUGCCAACUCAUCAGUAUCCGCAGCCUAUAAUGUCACACAUGGCGGGGCAACAAGGCUAUUUACCCAUGUAUGCCUUCCAUCAAUACGGCCAAAGCAUGGCAAUGCCACCAACUUUAAUGACGCAACUACCUAUGCUUGCCCAUACACCCAGUCCCGAUGAAGAAUCAUCUCGCACGUCACCCACCACAAUGUCGGAAGGAUCCAUGACAGGUCUUCCUGCUGCUGUGAGUGUCGAGCAGUUUGAAACUACUCAUCAACAACAGCAGUACGAACUGCAGCACAUGCACCGACAAAUGAUUCAGCCAGAAUGGCAGCAAUUGCAGCCCUGGCAUGUAGCACAAGUAAAUAACCAACAGCAACAGCAACCUAUAGUAUACCACCAGCAACGACCGAUUAUACUUCAUCAGCAACCAGCUUACCAUUUUCCACAAUUGGAAAUGCGUCAGCCAAUGGAAUUUUAUGGCUCUGCUAAUGUAAUAUACCAGCCAACAACAGCCCAACCACCACAUUUGCAACAACAACUAAUACAACCUAGUCCAGCUGGUACUAUAUUGUAUGCGACCCAAGGAGGGCACUGGAUUGUACCAUACCAGCAGCAUGGAUACCAGUCAGAGACAAAGCCGCACGAUUUACCUUCUUUUGAACGUGAGAUGUGA